ACUUUUUCUUCUCACAGAAAUUUACUGUACUGCUGCACGCAGUGACACCUAUGUAGUGAGCAGACUUUAACAAAGGUAUAUAUGUAAGGGGCACACAUCGAUCCAGAAGCAGUUCCCUAUCAUUUCUCCCCACUCAAGAACAUUUAAAGAACAACUUCCACUCAAGCAUGUUUCACACAACGUCCAACCUCCUGUAUCUCCUCAGUUGUCUCGGCAUUAUUCUCUGGCUACAAUCGAGUGUUCUGACGCAGUCGACAAACUACAACAAUGUUUACAAUACUCCAAAUCCCGGCGCAGUUAAUAUACUCAAAAUGGUAGCCGGGAUUCUAAACUUUUUAAAUCAAGGUCAAAAUUAUUUAAAAGAGCAAAUACCAGAUAUCACUCCGCAACAUGCAACCGUGUACGAUUUCAUAGUGAUUGGUGCCGGGACUGCGGGCGCAACAGUGGCUGCAAGACUGAGCGAAAUUCCUCAUAUCAAGAUAUUACUGAUAGAAGCUGGACCUAAUGAGAAUCUCCUCAUGGACAUUCCGGUACUUGCUCAGAUGCUGCAGUUAAGUAAUGACAUCAACUGGAAAUAUAAAACCAAAUCAUCCAGCAAGUACUGUCUCGGCAUGAAUGACAACAGCUGCAACUGGCCAAGAGGGAAGGUAAUGGGCGGCAGUAGUGUGCUCAACUAUAUGAUUGCUACCAGAGGCGGCGUCGAGGAUUACGAUAGGUGGGCCGAAAUGGGAAACGACGGCUGGGCUUACAAAGACGUUCUCAAGUACUUCAAAAAAAUAGAGACGAUGGAGAUUCCAGAACUGCGAUCGGAUACUAAAUACCAUGGAACUCGAGGACCACUGCACAUCACGUAUCCAAAAUCUCACACAUUAUUGGCGAAAACCUUUCUAGAAGCUGGCAAAGAAUUAGGGUAUCCGCUAGUAGAUUACAACACCAAUAACACAAUAGGAUACUCAUACGUGCAGACUACGAUCCAGAAUGGUGAGCGAAUGAGUAGCAACAUAGCAUACCUGAAACCGGCGCACAAUCGGAGUAAUCUCUACGUGACACGCGAAAGCAUGGUAAGAAAAAUACUCAUUGAUCAUAACAAAAAAAGAGCGGUUGGCGUGGAAUUCACCAAGUAUGGUAGGACAAUGAAUGUGUUUGCGAAAAAUGAAGUAAUCCUAUGCGCGGGUACCAUUGCAUCGCCUCAAUUAUUGAUGCUGUCAGGUAUUGGGCCAGCGAAUCAUCUCGUCGAACUCGGCAUAAAUGUCGUCAAGGACGCACCGGUCGGUAAAAAUCUGAUGGAUCACGUAGCUUUCGGUGGCCUAACGUUCAUAAUAGAUUCUCGGAUAGAUAUCUCCUUCAUAGAUAUAAUUAAUCCUGUUAUGCCACAUAUAGCAGACUACUUCGUGGAAAAAUCGGGGCCAAUGACGAUUCCGGGUGGGUGCGAAGCACUUGCUUUUAUUAAUACAAAGCAUCCGGAAAAACUGAGCGGAUUGCCAGACAUGGAAUUACUCUUUGUCGGAGGAUCAUACAAAGGAGAUUUUUUUCUCCCAACAAUAACGAAUUUAAAUACAUACAUGUGCCAGAUUUGGAACAAAUAUGCAGGAGCACACGGCUGGACCAUAUUUCCGAUAUUAUUAAAACCGAAAAGUCGCGGUCGAAUAAAGUUGCGAGCUAACGAUAUCAAUGUUAAGCCCGAGAUUGUGCCGAAUUAUUUCGAUGAUCCUGAAGACGUUAAGACAAUAAUCGCUGGUAUAAGAGCCAGUUUAGAGGUGAGUCGUACAAAGGCGAUGCAAAUAUUUGGUUCGCAAUUGGCGAACGAUACACUUCCCGGGUGCGAGAACUACAAAUACGAUUCCGACGAAUAUUGGGAAUGUGCGAUAAGAACGAUUCCUUUUACCAUCUAUCACUACUCCGGCACUUGCAAAAUGGGACCAAGAAAUGAUUCGACUGCUGUUGUUGAUCCUAAGUUAAAGGUUAUUGGUAUUCAAGGUCUACGAGUGGCUGACGCAUCUAUCAUGCCGGAGAUUAUAUCAGGCCACACGAAUAUACCUGUUUAUAUGAUUGCCGAAAAACUGGUAGACAUGAUCAAAGAAGAAUGGGGAUAUAACAAAAUACCUUAUAAAGGAGAUCAGGAAAAAUAAUUAUGGAAAGAUACCCAGCGAAUUGCCCAGCGAACAAAAAUCAUAGAAUUUUCAAAAUCAACAUUCGAUAAUACAGACACAACGAGACUAUUGCCGCCAUUUCAAUGUAAGAAAUCUACAUUUCAUUCUCAUGACUAGUGGAAAUUAACGAUUGGUGGAACGGUUUCAGCAGCAGGGUUCAGUAGAGGAUCUGCCAAAAAUCGGAAGACCACUGCCUGAAGUGAAGAGAAUAUUCAACGUAUAUGGGAAAGUGUCGAGGAGAACCCACAACUACACAUCAACUCGAAAGUAUUCUUUGAAAAUAAAAUUCUAUGAUUUUUGUUCAUUGGGCAAUCGUGUAUCUUUUCGUGAUUAUUUGCCCUGAUCUCCUUUAUAAGAUUUAAAAAUAAAAAAAAAAAA